AUGCGCGAGCAAAAGGGCAAAGAAGAGCAGCUGGAGGAGGAUCAUGCACAGGCAGCAUCUUCUGUUGGCGCGCGAGUGCCUCAUGCACGUAUCCUCUACGUUGAGUGGACUGAUCGCCGCCAGGGUGCCAACACGAUCCCGACCCGCUCUGGCUCUCUGCAGCUGGUCAAGACCGCCGGAUCAUGGAAUAUCGAAAUCAAAAAUGAGAAGUGCAAGCAAGGUCAUGGCGAUAGUGACGACAUACAUGUACACGCUGUCGAACUACCCAUGUGA